AUGGCUUUCUCAGAUUGGCGCAAGCUGCCGGUCAGCUUGUCAGAGCUCUGUAUUAAUACCACUCUACGUUGUGGUCAAUCUUUUCGAUGGCACAACAUUGCCGAAAGUGAAGAAUGGCGAUGCGUCCUUUAUGGGCGCCUGAUCUCUUUGAAACAAGAUUCAAGCUAUCUAUACUAUCGCACCUAUCAAUCUCGAUCAUCUCCAUCUCUCCCAACCCCACCUGCAUCGGAUUUACCCUUUCGCGCGCAAUCAGACACAGAAUCCAGUGACAUGAAAGACGACCACACCCUUCGCAUAAUCAAACAUUACCUUAACCUUUCAUCCAAUCUGGGUGAUCUGUAUGCGCAAUGGUCCUCUGAUGACCCUAAUUUCAAGAAAAAGGCUCCUCAAUUCACCGGAAUUCGGAUACUGCGCCAGGAUGCGUGGGAGGCCUUGGUCUCAUUCAUUUGCAGUAGCAACAACAACAUCUCGCGCAUCUCUCAGAUGGUGGAAAAGCUGUGUCUUCACUACGGGCCAUUCGUUGCUACAAUUGAGGGCCGCGCCUAUCACGACUUCCCGACACCCGAGGCAUUAGCUGGCAAGGAUGUGGAAGGCAAACUCCGCACCUUGGGAUUUGGAUACCGGGCUAAGUAUCUUUACCAGACCGCUGUCAUGGUGUCUCAAGAGCGAGAGAAAGGAUGGUUGGAUGGGCUUUCUAACCCAGAGUCCCCUGCAUUCGGUGUAGAGGCAAAGCCGGGUGAUGAGAUGAGACCCGAAGGUCGCCAAAAAUACCGAGAUGCCCAUGAGAGCUUACUGGAACUUCAAGGUGUUGGGCCCAAGGUGGCAGACUGUGUUUGCUUGAUGGGUUUGGGAUGGGGCGAAUCUGUGCCCGUUGAUACUCAUGUAUGGCAAAUUGCCCAGCGAGAUUACCGCUUCGGCAAGGGCUCUCAUAAGUCCCUGACAAAAGCAACAUAUGAUUCCGUGGCCAACCACUUCCGCAAGCUCUGGGGCCAGGAGGCCGGAUGGGCGCAAAGUGUGCUUUUCACAGCCAAUUUGCGGUCCUUUGCAGAUCGACUUGCAGCAACAAAGGUAGAAGUAGCUGUGAAAGAAGACGAUUCAAAGGUUGAGAUUAAAACUGAAGUCACGACAUCGAUGGCUUUGACAGCCCCCAAGCAUGAGGACGUCACCGUCAAACUGGAAGAGCUUGAGAGCAAGCCCAUUGUCAAGAAAACUGUAAAGAAACGCAAGGCAACACCAGACGGAGUUAUUCAUGCUUCGCAGACAAGCGAAACUCGACGGACAUCCAAGAGACUUCGACGUUGA